AUGGGCAAAGCAUCCACCAAACGCAAAGGCGCAUCGUCGUCGUCCUCCACUCCCUACGAACGCCCCUCCAAGAAGUCGGCCGGGGCAGCAGCGACGAGCAAGAACAAUGUCUUCAAGUUCAACACAAACGUCGGUCAGCACAUCCUCAAGAACCCGGGCAUAGCAGACGCGAUCGUCGAGAAGUCGUACCUCAAGCCCACCGACACGGUCCUCGAGAUCGGCCCCGGAACAGGCAACAUCAGCGUGCGCAUACUAGAGAAGGCCAAGAAGCUGUACGCCGUCGAGCUGGACCCGAGGAUGGCCGCAGAGAUCACCAAGCGUGUCAUGGGCACGCCCUCGCAGAGGAAGCUCGAGGUCCUGCUGGGCGACGCCAUCAAGCUCGACUUCCCGCAGCACGACGUCUGCAUCUCCAACACGCCCUACCAGAUCUCGAGUCCCCUCGUCUUCAAGCUGCUCAGCAUGCCGAACCCCCCGAGGUGUUGUGUUCUCAUGUUCCAGAGAGAAUUCGCCCUCCGCCUGACCGCCCGCCCAGGCGACGCCCUCUACAACCGACUCUCCGUCAACGCGCAGUUCUUCUCCAAGAUCACGCACAUCAUGAAGGUCGGCAAGCAGAACUUCAAGCCCCCGCCGCAGGUGGAGUCGUCGGUGGUCCGCAUCGAGCCCAAGCUGGGAAAGGACCGGCCCGCGGUCAGCUGGGCCGAGUUCGACGGCCUUCUGCGCGUCGUCUUCAGCAGGAAGAACAAGACCGUGCGCGCGAGCUUCGGCACAAAGGAGGUCCUGGCCAUGGUGGAGAAGAACUACCGCACCUGGUGCGCCAUGAACGACGUCCCCGUGGACGACAGCGCCGUCGAGGACACGGGGGCGGACGACGGCGACGAUGAGGUCAUGGGCAUGGACGUGGACGAUAACGCCGACCCCUCGGCUGGCGGCGGCGAGGACGAGGAGUGGGGCGGUAUCAUGGACGUCGACGGUGGUGACGACGAAGAUCACGUGCCCGCCUUCUUCAAGGAGCAGGCCGCGGCGGCGAGGCCGGAUCACACCGCCAAAACUCCUAGCAGGAGGAAGAAGACCAAGGCCGCGGAGCUGGUGCGGUCCAAGGUGCAGCGGGUGCUCGAGACCACGGACCUGGCCGACGAGCGCGCGGGCAAGCUGGACGAGAACGCCUUCCUGAGGCUGCUCUAUGCCUUCAACAAGGAACACAUCCAUUUCGCAUAG